AUGGAUAAGAUUGCAGAAAUUAUUGAAGGAUUAAGUAGCUCUGAUAGUCAUAUUAGAAAUGAAUGUGAAAAAACGCUAAAUUUUUAUAAAAAGAAUGAUUUAAAUAACACAGUAUUGUCGAUUUUAAAACUGUUAAAAAGCCAUAAAGAUAGUCAAGUGAGAUUACAAUGUGCUAUAUUAAUUAGGAACAUUUUUCGUGUAUAUAUAAAAUCCACAAAUGUGGAAACAGAAGAAAAAGAAAAAAAUGAAAACUCUGUUUUAAAUUCAGAAGAAGAAAACUAUUGGGAGUUAUUGCCAGAUAAUUUAAAAAAUAUUGUGAAAUCAGAAUUAAUCAGUAACAUAGGAACAGAGACAGAUAAAAUGGUACGAAAUAAUAUAUGUAAUAAUAUAAUUGAUUUAUCAUCUAAGCUACUUCUAAAUAACCAAUGGCCAGAAUUAAUAACAGUUACUUUUGAGUUUUGUAAUUCUAAUAAUAACGAUGUCCUAAUAAGUGGAUAUAAGAUAUUAGGAGGAGUUUUAAGUUGUGUAACGGAUGAAUUGGAAGGAAAACAUGAAAUAAUUUCAUCUAUAUGCAUGAAAGGAUUAAAUGCUUCAAAUGUUCAAGUUAGAGGAGAAUGUAUCAAUUUAAUUUCAUGUAUAGUAGAAGAUAACAGUUCAUCAUUAGUUAAAAGUGUACAAUCAUGCAUUCCUUUAAUACUGCAAUCAUUAAGUUUAAUGGCAAAAAAUAGUAGCUCAGAUAUUUCUGUUUUAGAAGAAUGCGAAAAAGUACUUCAGUCUAUUGGUAAAAUGAUUGAUUAUAAUGCCAAAUUUUUUUCAAAACAUAUAUCUAAUUUAUGUGAUAUAUUAUUUAGCAUAUGUAUGAAAGAUGAAAACGAGUUGAAUUAUGAUUUUGAUAACAGUUUGAAAUCAUUGAGUAUUGAAGCAUUAGUUACAAUACCAGAGAGAAGACCAAAAAUGGCUUUAUCUGUUCCUCAUUUUGUAGAUAAAAUUAUCCAUUUAUCUAUGUUAUUUAUGCUUGACAUAAAUAAUGAUUGUUUUAAUGAAUGGAUGAAUUCCAUAAAAGAAGGAAAAGAUGAUAGCCAAGAACUUUAUGAUAUAGGUGAAGAAUCAUUAGAUAGGGUUGGUAAGGCAUUUAGUGAAAUCGAAGAAGCAGAAUUUAUUCAUAUUUUAUUUAACAAAGUUUCAGAAUUUUUAAUGAAAAAUACAUGGGAACAUAAAUAUGUUGGAAUAAUGGCAAUUGCUCAAACAAUUGAGUACUUACCAGAAGAAGAAAUAGAAGAACAAUUAGAACAUGUAAUCAAAAUGUUGUUACAAGUUUUAACAGAUCAAGAUGUUAGAGUUAGGUAUGCAGCAUGCCAAGCAAUAGGUCAAAUUUCAUUAGAUCAUCAACCAUAUGUUCAAAAAGAGUUUUAUAGCGAAAUAUUACCAGCAUUAAUUAACACUAUGAAUGAUGUGCAUUUAAGAGUACAAUCACAUGCUACAGCUGCAUUUGUUAAUUAUGCAGAGGAAUUAGAAAAAACGGCUUUAUUGCCAUAUUCAGACAUUAUUAUUGAUAUUUUAUUGCAAAAGUUAAAUUCCUCUAACUAUUUGCUUGUACGAGAACAAGCUGUAACAGCAAUAGCAGUUAUUGCUGGGGUUAUAGAAGAAGAUUUUUUGAAAUAUUAUUCAACAGUUGUUCCAAUGAUGAAAGAUAUAAUUCAAAAAGCUGUUUCAGAAGAAGAAAGAACAUGUAGAGGAAAAGCUAUAGAAUGUAUUUCAAUUAUUGGUUUAUCAGUAGGUAAGGAUAUAUUUUUAGAAGAUGCUAAAGAAUGUAUGAAUGCUUUACUUCAAAUAAGUAGUGGAAAAAUGGAUCCAGAUGAUACUGUAAAAGAAUACAUUCAAGAAGCUAUUGGACGUAUAUGUAGAGCAUUAGGAAAUGACUUUUAUCCUUAUUUAAGUAAUAUUGUACCAACUAUCUUAUCUGUUUUAUCAGUUUUACCUAAGCCAUUAACAGAUGACGAAGAAGAUUUAACUAUCACUAUGGUAUCUAAUGGCCAAUAUGUAGGAUUGAAAACAUCAUUACUUGAAGAUCAAGAAAAAGCCUUAGAUUUGUUGAUUAUUAUAAUUGAAGUAUUAAAAGAAAAUUACAAAGAAUAUAUCCAAGCUACAGCUACAUCAGUCCUACCUAUGUUAAAUUAUGAAUUGUCGGAUGAAAUAAAGCAAAAAGCAUUAACUGCUGUUAGUGAAUUAAUAGAUGCAGCUAGAAUAUUAUCAGAAAAAACUGACAAUAACAAGUCUAUGUUGCAUGCGAUUUUAACAGCUGCUGCGGAAAAAGUGUUAAAAAGUUUGUCAGAAACAAAGUUGGAUGAUAACUAUGAAUAUAUAUUGGAUGUUAUGAUUAUUGAAUCACAUGGAUUGUAUAUGUGCUUACAAAAAGCAGGUGCAGAUGUUUUACCUGAAGGCACAUUGAAAUUAUUUUUUAAUCAAGUAUUUAAAUUGCUAGAAUGCUCUACAGAUAGGAGAAUUAUUUAUAAUCAAAAAAAAAAUAAUGAAGAUGUAGAUGAAGAUGAAUUAUUAAUAAUAGAUAGGGAGGAAGAAUUAGAACAAAAUUACAGAACAAAUUUAUUAGAUAUAUUAGGUGUAUUAAUUAAAUUUCAUCCCACGCAAUUUUUAAAUACAUGUUGUGAAAUAUGUAUAACAUUUAUUAAUAAUUAUUUAAGUUCUCCUAAUUCUGAAGAUAUAGCAUUGGCUUUAUAUGUUUGUGAUGAUUUAUUAGAGUUUUUACAAGAAAAUAGUGUCUGUUUAUGGGAAUAUUUCAUGAAUCCGUUAUUGUUAAAUAUUAACCAUUCAGAUGAUAAAGUAAAACAAGCUGCAUGCUAUGGUGUCAUUCAAGCAACCAAAAUUGAGGCAUUUGGUAAAUAUGCUAAUAUUGCUGUAGAAUAUCUUUUGAAAUUAAUACAUCAAAAUAAUUCUAAUAAAAAAUCAAAAGAAUUUAUUUCAGCUAUUGAUAAUGCCGUAGCUGCUUUAGGAGAUGUUGUUUUAAUGCACACAUCGAAGUUUAAUAAUGCAGAAGAAUUAAUUAAAAUUUGGUUAAAUAAUUUACCAAUAAAAGAAGAUGAUGCAGAAGGAAGGAGAGUUCAUAAAAAUUUAAUUGAUUUAGUUUCACAAAAUCAUCCACUUUUAUUUGGAAAAGACGAUUCAAAUACAUCAAAAAUAAUUGAAAUAUUUUUAACAAUUUAUGAAACAGAUUUUUCAGAUAGUGAUUGUAACAAAAAAAUUUCUUCACUAAUAAAUUCUUUAGAUCAAUCUUAUUUAAAUAAUUUAGCAACUUCUGCCUUAACACAUAAACAAGCUAAAAAAUUGAAUCAUAUUUUAAAUAACAACAGAAAAUAA